GGCGGGCGGGGUGAUAGAAGGUUCUGGCAGCCGAAGGAGCGGUUGGUGCGUUGGUCGGUCAGUCGGUUGACCGGUGGUGGCGCGCGGCCCGAGCGUCUCGUGAUGACCCGUGGGAACCAGCGUGAGCUUGCCCGCCAAAAGAACCUGAAGAAGACUCAGGAGAUCCACAAAGGGAAAAGGAAAGAGGAUAGCUUGUCUGCUUCUCAGAGAAAACAGAGAGAUUCUGAAAUCAUGCAGCAGAAACAAAAAGUGGCUAAUGAAAGGAAGUCUCAGCAGGCAGGCGGAAAAUGAGCUGCCUGUAUGGAGAAGAUAGUGCACCACUUAAGCAGAAGGGCCUAGAAGAUUUCUAAAAGUGUCUGGCCACUAAAUGAUUAAAUGUCUGUCUUGCAGAGUUGUUCAACUAGCAUUAGUUUAGAGUAUUUUCUGGUUAACAUAGGCUUAGUUGUCUGGAGUGCCGUUUCAAAACUGACUGCAGUCUUCUGCAUGCACAUGAAUAAAAGUACCAAGCAAUAGCUUUAAUCCAGCUUUUGCUGCAUUUGUUGGUUUCACUUAAUGUUUCCACUAACAAUGAACUUAGACCAGAUUUUCUUGUUUUAGUUCUUGAAGUACAGCUUCAUUCAGAAUGGAAUGCACUUGUAAGAUGUGCUUAACCCUACAGAGGUCUGAACUGUAAAUCUCAAAUUAUUUUUACAAUAAAAUGUCGCAUGAAA